CGCACGCUCGUUCACUCCCAAGACGACACCAAAUCCGUGACUCUCUCCAGUUGAGCUGGUGACGCUGUUCGCUCUCUGGCGGUAGAACGGGGAUGUUUGGCAUUUGUACCGAUUUGUGCUUGUACGGUGCGUCUUCUGUGAGAUGGACGGAUGGAGAGGACCAGUGACCAAACAUGCCUACAGUCCUCCGCAGCACGGGAAAACUUUCCAUCGUCUGUUCACUGAUUCGUUGCGCAUCUCAGGUCACAGGAAGUGAGCGUAACGGCUGUUCCAAAGAUAUUCUAGGGGACAUGACCCAUUCCUGGCCGUCCCAGCAACCCUCAGGAGGGAGUCAGGUCCAGCGCUUCCCCUAUAACCCUAAGGAAGCAAAGCAGCACACAACUCAGCAACCUUGGGAGAAUGUGCAGCAGCUGAGGAUGACCCAGCCUCACGUGGCGCCUCACAAAUCCAUGCUCGCUGAUGACUUGAAGCUCAGCAGUGACGAGGAGGAUGCUGACAAGGACCCUGAGCAGUCAGCCUCCUGGACUGGUAACAAUAGUCUGUCGGAGCAGCACACACACACACAUAGUGGGAGGGUGAGACGUUCAGGCUCAGACUCUUCAGGCUCAGACUCUUCAGGCUCAGACUCCUCCAGUGAGUCGGAGGAGGAGAGCAGUAGCCAGCGCCUUUGUAGCCCCUGCCCAGAAACACACUCCGAUCCUGGGACACCCACCGACGCUCAGUCCCUCGGCUGCACCGAGGAGGCAGAUCACCCCCCCACCACUCAGUGGCAGCUGGAUAAGUGGCUGAAGAAAGUCAGAAAGAAAUCCUCCUGGGAUCCUGGCAACCGUGAGCACACCCAGAGAGCUACAGAACACAGCUCGCCCUCCCCAGACCCCCACAGAGCCCCGUCUCCGGCCAGAUCCUGGGGAACCAGAGAGGACUACAGCCCCAGCCAGAGCCCUGUUCCCAGCCCACACUUCAACUACAGCCCCAGGCAUAGCCCUCGGCCUAGCCCUGGCUGCAGCCCCUGUCCCAGUCCUUGCCACAGCCCCAUCCCUAGCCCGGUCCCCAGUGUCUGUCUGAGCCCCUGCCUCAGCCCCAGAGCCAGCCGCAGCCCUAGCCCCAUACCCCGACACCCCCCUAAGAGUCCUAGUCCCAGCCUUACUCAGUCGAGCUCCCGUCACUAUCCUCAGGUUCGGAGUCUUCAUCAGGAAAGCUUCAGGCCUCUCACGCGGCCUAGCUUAACAUCCAGCCCGAGCCAUAGACCCAAAAUCAGGAUCGCACCUGCUCCCAGCAUUGAGUCUAAGAGCAAACUGAGGCACAGUUCCUCUCCCCAGCCUCCGCUUCAGCGCAGCUCCAGGCCUAAACCCAAACAGAGCCAGUCUGUUCCCACUCCCAAGAACACAGCCAAGGCAGCCCCUGUUCUGAGCACUGAGCCGAGCCACAGACCCAGACCUAGUCCCAACUCCAGUCCCAGGCUUCAUUCUCAGCCUAAGUUGAAACACAACCCCAUCCUAGCCCUCAAAACCAGCCAACAUCUAACAACCUCUGGACAAAGACCCAAGGAGAGUUGCAGACUCAGCCACAAUUCCAACUCCAAACCCAGGCCCAAGUUUGAGCCUAGUUUGACAACCAGCCUCAGUACCAGUCCCAGUCCCACACCCAAGGCCAAGACCUUACCUCCCGCAGACCCUAGCAGAGAGACCAGCAGCAGAGUUGGUCACAGUUCCAAAUCGAGUCCCAAGCCACAUUCUCGGCCGAUCUCCAAAGCUGGUUCUGGGCCUAGCUCUAGAUCCAGCCCCAGUCCUAGACCCAAAGUCAAAUCCCGGGAGAACCCUGCUCCCCACCCAAAGCCUCCACAGAGGAAGCCCCAAUCCAGGGAGAGAGAACGGGAGGUGGACAACCGGAGAGAGACCCAGGCAGCAGACAGGAAGGCAGACAGGCAGACAGAGGGAAGGGGGAAGGGUAAUGUAGAGAGACAGGGAGAGAGGCAGGGGGAGAAACAGGGAGAGAGAAGACUGGCAGAGGAUAAGUUGCUAAGACGCCCCUGGGUCCAGAGUUCAGAGGAGGAAGAGGACGUAGAGGAGAGAAAGAGGAGGGAGGAGAGAGAGAGGGAGGAGAAGAGGAGGAGGAGGAGGAAGGAGCAGCAGAGAGGUGAAUGGCAGGCGGUCCAGCCCAAGCAGAGACCUCACACCAACAGCGAGCGACACCGCAAUCCCAUUGAUCCACAACACCACGGGACCAAGAAAAAGAGGAGGAGGAAGAGUGAGGAGGAAGAGAGAGAGUCUCAACCGGACCCUUCCCUUCCGCCGUCGCCCUCCUCCCCCACACCUGUCAUCCCUCCCACAGAUUCCUCUUCUUCAUCAUCUUCCUCAUCAGAGUCCGACUCGGAGCCCAGUCUGCCUCCCAACGUCGCCAAAGUCCCAGCCGACUCCACGUCCAGCCAGCGUCCUAUCCCCAGGAGAGGGCACCAGGGCCCUGGGAGGCCAUCAGGCAGCAGGCCAGGAGUGCUCUACCCCACUGCCACAUCCAACCAAGAGCACGGGCCGCAGAGCCAGGCAAAGCAGAAACUCUACACCUUGGUCCCGUUUGGGCGUAGUGAGCAGGCCCCAUCCUCACAUCGAGGCCUGAGGAAUCUGGUGGUGCAGUUAAACCUCUCCCUGCUCAGCAGAGUGCCUGAUACUACGACAGACACCCCAGCCUCUCACAAACACCCUUCCUCUUCCUCUUCCAAGCAAAAAGAGGCCAUGAGACACCUGUACACCCCAGAGACAGAGGGAGGAGACAGCAGGAGGAAACGGAAGUCAGAGAAUGGAAUCCAGCACCAAAGAGAGAGUAAGCGGAGUAACUCCCACACCAACGGCCCCUCAGCCCACACAGAGUCUACAGCUAACAGAGAGAGUACCCGGAGUAACUCCCACACCAACGGCCCCUCAGCCCACACAGAGUCUACAGCUAACAGAGAGAGUACCCGGAGUAACUCCCACACCAACGGCCCCUCAGCCCACACAGAGUCUACAGCUAACAGAGAGAGUAAGCGGAGUAACUCCCACACCAACGGCCCCUCAGCCCACACAGAGUCUACAACUAACAGAGAGAGUACCCGGAGUAACUCCCACACCAACGGCCCCUCAGCCCACACAGAGUCUACAGCUAACAGAGAGAGUACCCGGAGUAACUCCCACACCAACGGCCCCUCAGCCCACACAGAGUCUACAGCUAACAGAGAGAGUAAGCGGAGUAACUCCCACACCAACGGCCCCUCAGCCCACACAGAGUCUACAGCUAACAGAGAGAGUAAGCGGAGUAACUCCCACACCAACGGCCCCUCAGCCCACACAGAGUCUACAGCUAACAGAGAGAGUAAGCGGAGUAACUCCCACACCAACGGCCCCUCAGCCCACACAGAGUCUACAACUAACAGAUGUCUAGACCCCCACAAAGAUGCCAGACACAACAGGUUCUUGGAGGACUACCUAGACAGUAAGAGGCCACUGUCCCCCCUGUCCCCUCUCUCUGACACCCCGGACCCCACCAAGCCUCCCAUCAAAACACAGCCCCCAGUGCAGCACUACACAAACAGUGAGGUGCCCAGGACCCAUGCUAAGAUGGAGGUGGAGUGUGUAGGCGUGUCAGGGAAGCCCCCGCCCAUGUGUGAAUCCUGGGGACCUCCUUUACAACGGGCAGGGAGCCAGAGAGGAACUGUACUCAACCAUGAACCCCCACACCAUGCUGAGUACUACAUGCAUGAGGCCAAGAGAAUGAAGCACCGUGCAGAUGCCAUGGUGGAUAAGCUGGGGAAGGCAGUGAACUAUGUGGAUGCUGCUCUCUCCUUCAUGGAGUGUGGCAAAGCUAUGGAGGAAGGACCGCUGGAGGACAAGUCUCCCUACAGCAUGUACACAGAGACGGUAGAGCUCAUCAGGUAUGCCAUGAGGCUGAAGAACCACUCUGGUCCUGGGGCCAGACAGGAAGACAAACAGUUGGCCGUACUGUGUUUCCGGUGCCUUGCUCUUCUGUACUGGCAGAUGUUUCGUCUGAAGAAGGACCAAGCCAUGAAGUACUCCAAAGCUCUACUGGACUACUUUAAGAGUUCUCCCAAAGUGCCUACUACACCCCCCAUCUGGAGCGACUCGGGAAAGGGCACAGGGGGGCCUCCCUCCUCUCUCUCACCCAGCCCCUCAGCCCUCCCCCUGGGCAGCUCCCCCUCUUCCCUCAUCAACAUUCCCCUGCGUAUCCACCAGAUGGCAGCAAACCACCUGAACAUCACCAACAAUGUCCUAUACAGCUACGAGUACUGGGAACUAGCAGAAAGCCUGGUCAGAGACAACAAUGAGUUCUUUAACUACCUGAAUACACUGUCAGGGCCAUUGACUCUCCACAGUAGUAUUGCUCAUGCAGUCCAGUACACCAGACAGGGUCUGCAGUGGAUACGCAUCAGUGCCAACGUGGGCUAGUGGCAGGAGGGAGAGAGGGACACAACCCGUGUGAUUAUAAGUGGAGGAUUCCCCCUGCAUUCCACGUCGUCAGGAUUAUUAUUAUGCUUCAAU